CUUUUUUUACGUCUUGAUCCGAACCUCCUAUCUCAUUCCGUCUUCACAUAGCAAGCGUUUAAAACUUCAUAUGGGGUCUCUCAAAUCCACUUACGUGUUUAAAGGUUAAUAUUAAAUGCGUCUCGAGACAAAAAAAAUUGCCUUUAAUUAAGCAAUUGCGUAACGUAAUGAGAUAAUAAUUAAAGUUUUUGAAAAAGUUGUUAUCGCUUUAAAUUAUAAAUGUCGAUAAGUGACAAACAAUUUGUAUUUUAAAAAUUUCAAAACAGGCAAAUUUUUGAUUUACGCCCGCCCAAAGAAACUUAUCAGAAAGACUCUAAGCUAAUCAAUUUACUUAUCAAUUUACACUAAGAAACAAAAUUAUACAGUAGUAACUACAAUAUACUAUAUUAUAUAGUUAUUACAACUAUUUUUUAUUAGUUCUAUCCACCAUUAACUUAUUUACAAUAACUGCAAUAUAGUUCAAUUAACUAUAUUGCAAUUAUAAUGCAGUAACAUGUAUUAUAAUUCUAUUAACAAAACUUGUAUGGUUAUCUCCUCAUAAAUGUCACCGCUAUAAUUUUAUUUCUCAGUGUAGAUCGAUAAGUAUUAGCAGUCUUUCUGCUAAGCUACAAUUUUUUCUCUCAAUAUAGGUACAAUAUGGAAACUCGAUGGUCAACAGUUAACGUUUCGCCAACACGCAAAGUUCAUUCGAUUGUCACAAAGUGUUGUCCACCGAACGGUGGACAAACCUUCUCAAAUUUCUUUCUAGAAUCGCGAAACUAAUGAGAUUAUUCUGAUCCAAAGUAAUUAUGAAUCGAAGAGGAUAUUAUCAUAUAUCAAACUUGAAGCGGAGAAUGGCUUUCGCUUUUCGACGAGGGAUUAUAUUUGCCAAUAUAAUCCCUCGUCGAAAAGUGAAAGCAAUAUUUUAUGUUUUUCCUACAGCCUCUAUAGGGAGUUGCUUGGAUUGAAGAGUCAGUAAUUAUCCAAAACCAUCAACGAAUAAUUUUCGGCAGGACUUCGACCUGGAAAUCUCCCGUCUAACGACUAUUUUCGUGCUCAGCGGCUUCGAGGCCGGGGAUUUCGAUCGAAACCUUCCCUGUAGGCUUCGAACGAAGGAACACUACCUACCCAGAUCGUUCUCCCAUUGACCGUACGACCGCCGCACGGAACGCAAGCCAAUCGACUAUGUGCCUGACUUUUUAAGCCCCCGUUGAAUAAUCGAUUCAAAGUGAUAACAAUAAGAUUAAAAUAAAGUAAUAAAGUAAUAAAGUUUUAACGACAGAUAGAUACAGAGAAUUAUGGAGUCCUGCGGGAUGAGCUUUAUCAAGUAUAUCCUCUUUAUCUUCAAUUUAAUUUUCGCGAUAUCUGGCAUAGGUAUUAUUGCGACUGGCGCAUUGGUAUUAGCAGAUGUUGGUGAUUACAAUCACUUCGUCGAAGGCAGGAUAUUGGCACCGUCUAUAGUGCUUAUAGUUGCCGGCGCUAUUGUUUUCAUCAUAGCUUUUCUAGGAUGUUACGGAGCGAUAAAGGAGAAUUAUAACUUGCUAAUUGCGUUUGCAACCGCACUGUUAAUAAUCUUCGUGAUCGAGCUCGCGGUGGGUAUAGCGGCGGCAGUGUUUAAAAAUAAUUUUAGCAUGGUGAUGAAGGAUGCCCUGAAGGUAUCAAUGAAAAACUUUACGGAAGCCGACAAACAGGCCUGGGAUAAAGUACAGAAAGAGCUACAAUGUUGCGGCGUGGACGGUCCUAAAGAUUGGUUUAAUGGAAAUACAGGAUUUCCAUCGUCCUGUUGCAAUGAUACACAACUAACACAAGCGACGAAUGUACAAUGUGUAAUAUACAAUGCGCAUAAGGAAGGAUGCUUUAGCAAGAUGGAAAUGCGAGUUCAUAAUGACGCCACAGUCUUAAUCGGUGUGGGCAUUGGAAUAGCUUUUAUAGAGAUUGUCGGUAUCGUCCUUGCUUGUUGUCUCGCCGCGGCCAUAAAAAAAGAAACCAAUAAAUGAAACGAAGUAAAUUAAUUUAAUUCCAUGCUGCAUCAAGCUUCAAAAUUUGCUAUUCCGAAAUAAAAGUCAAAUAAUAAUUUAAUCGGCUUAAUAAUGACAGAGAUAAAAGAUUUAUAUUCGUCCAGUUAAAAGAUUUAUAUGCAAUUAACAAAGAGGUAAACCUCAUUAAUUAAUUUAUUAACUUUAUUUAUAAUAAUAUCACGCAUUGAUUUUCCACAAUGUUUUUUACAUUGCUUGCCUCAUAGCAGCACAGUAACGGACUAAUUCAACCUUCGAUAAUUACUUGUAUUUAUACUUAUUAUUUGUAUAUUUUAUAAUUAUAUCAUGCUUCUGCUCUUGUAUUAUGUAAUUAAUGGGUAUCUGCUGCGAAGUAAACUAGGGAGAUGUUUCCAGUACAGAUAAAAAAUAUUCUCAAUAUUAAUAAAUUAUUAAUAUUAAAAAAUAUUAAUGCUCUCUUUUUAAAUGUACAUGAUUGUGAAAAAAAUGGUUAUAUCAAUCAGAAAUAGGUAUGUAUGUACAAAAUUUGUAUUACACUGUACAAAAUUUUGAACAUACAUACCGAUCAACAUUUCUGAUUAUUCCGAUGUUUUAUAGUUAGAAUGUUUACUAUAUAACUGUAACUAUCUAUAGUAUAUCUGAUUUGUAUUUUUGUGGUUGACUUUACCAGAUUUCUAUUUUAUGCAAUGGAAUUUUUGUCUCGUACAUUAAAGAGAUUAUUUUACACUGUUAAAAAUCGGUAGUAGAAUUUAAUGUAAUGAAACGGAAAUGAAAAUUUCAAGCAAGUACAUUAAAAACAUUUAAUGUUAUCAAAAGUGUACUAAAUUUCGUGCACACGCUUUUCAUUUAUAAAUACAUUAAAUUUAAUAUGUAACUUAAAAAUACAUUAAAUUUAAUAACAUUUUUAAUAGUGUACUUGAAAAAAUCACGUUUCUCAGGAUGUUAGAAUUCGUAAUUAUAUAAAUAAAAUGUAUCGUAACCAUCAAAAAACAUAGAACAAUGAUGGAUAUAAUUUGUGUGUUGUGAUGAUAUUUAUAACAUAUUAUAUAUACGUACAGUUAAUAUUCUACAGUUAAUAUUCUA